CUUCGCCGCCAGCAACCUCAACCGCGACGAUGUGGGCAAGCCCAAGGAGAUGUCGUUCGGUGGCGCCAAGCGACUUCGCCUGUCCAGCCAAUCGCAGAAGCGCCCGCAGCGCAAAGGCGAAAUCUUCGCGAGUCUCCGCUCAUACGCCGCGGAGGCCUACGGAUCGACGCCCAUGAUCCGGACAACGCGGAUCAUGCGGAUUCUGUCCGAUCGACUCACCGCAGCAGGGCUCCCUCUGGACAAGGCGAUCGAGGGUGCCAGUGCCGUUCUGGCUACCCUGAAGAAGGCAACCGAGUCGACCGAAGAGGCUGCGGUCACAACGCCAGUCGAAGAGAAGGCCCCAAAGGCAACGAAAAAGACCAAGGCUGCGGCAAAAGAAGAGGUCAAAGACCCGCGCGACGAGACCACUCAAAUGAUCGCCCUGUCGACUGCAGAGAUCGACGAGAUCGUCCGCGUCUUGACCAGCGUCAAGAGCAAAUCCGACCCGAAGUGGGCCAUUGAAGCCAUCGACGAGCUCAAGACAACCCGAGCGCGUGCCAACCGUCAAAAGCGCGGUGAACUCUCUGUCGAAUGCGCCCUCUUCGGCCGUAUGGUGACCUCGGACAUCUUCUCCAACAUCAACUCCGCCAUCCAGGUCUCUCACGCCUUCACGGUCCACGCAGCAGAGACCGAGCGCGACUACUGGACGGGGGUCGAUGAUUUCAAGGAGGAAAACGGUGAACCCGGUAGCGGGAUGAUCGAUACCCGCCGCUUCGGAUCGGGGGUGUUCUAUCAGUACGCGCUCAUCGACGUCACGCAAUUGCUCGACAACCUGCGCAGCAGCUUCGUGUUGUUGUCUGAAGAGAAGAUCCAGGAGGCCGCACAGGACAUCCUGUGUGCGUAUGCCAUCGCUUUCGCGCAACAAAAUCCGACAGGUCACCAGAACUCGUUCGCCAGCCACCCCGUGCCCGAGUUCGUCUACGUCGAGGUCGGCAACACGUUCCCGACCUCCGCCGCAGCUGCAUACGAAAAGCCCAUCACCCUGCGGCCUCGUGACAACGAGAGCUACAGCGACAAG